GAUUGAAGAAAGUUAUCACAAACUAGCAUCAAUUUAGUAGUGAACAUGGCGAGGUUGCUGCCUUUUCUUAUUCUUUUUAAUAUCGCAAUUUUUGUGCAAGCGUUCUCAGAUCACAAACAAUGCAAUAAGUACGACGAACCGAUUGAUAUUAGGAUUCGUAAUAUUAACACUAAACUAACUGGAGAAUGCUUAUAUGGAAUGAAUAAACGCGAACCGAGAAAAAGUCACAUGACUUCAUUGCCUUUUAUAUUGACAACUUUAUCUCAGUUAUAUCUCUUCAGUGGUGAGCCAACCACUUCUGAAAUAGGGAAUGUACUAAAUAUAAGAAACGCGGAAGAGGUAAAAACUUUUUUUCCUGCCGCCAUAAAAAAAUUCAAUUCUAAGGGUGUCAAUGAAAUUACUUGGAAAAUUAAAGUAUACGUGAAUAACUCACGUAUUUAUACCAAAGAAUUCGAGGAGAGUUACGAGAAAUACUUCUUUGGCCAAGUUGAUCACGUUGAUUUUAGCAAGCGGUGUGAAGCGGCUCGUGAUAUCAAUAAUUGGUUUGAUUGCCAAAUUAGUGAUCCGGGUGUCAAAAUGCUGCCGUGUGAAGCGGUGAAGAAACACGUGGGCAUGGUAUUCGCUAAUACUUACAAAGUUGAGGCUGACUUGUCCAGCAGUUUUAAGCCGUUAUGCGUCAAAAAACUGCCUUUUCAUUUAAGCGAAUCGCAGACUUUUGAGGUACCAGCGCUAUAUGGAAUCGGCAUGGUCAAGUAUGGACGAAUUGGCUCUUAUGGACAUGGAUACCGUAUACAACUCAAAAAUAGUCCCAACUCAUUGUUGUUGGUAAAAGGAAAUGUACCAAAGCUGUUGGAGCUAUUCCGAGAUCAAAAAAUCUUUGAUGCUUUUUUGGAAAGACUUAUAGAUACAAAUAUGACUCUUACAUUCCCUCAUUUAAAUGUAAAAGGAGGAACCGAUUUCGUGAGUCAUUUUGAAGCGCUUGGAGUCUUAUUUUCACUAUUUAAGCCACACGGUGGUGAAUUCAAUCAUGUAUUUAAAUAUAAUGAUUCUGUAUACAUAUCUAAUUUGUUGCAAAAGAAUAGUAUCAAAGUCAAUGAAGGAUUAAAGCAGUGCGAUCCAGAUUCUCAAGAAGAUUCAGAGGAGUAUGAUUUGCCAAACCAUGUUAUUGAUGGCCCUUUCCUGUAUAUCUUUUUGUGUGAUAAAAGCUCACCAAUGUUAAGUGGAACAUGCUAUGGUGACUGCCACAGCGGCAGAACGUGCUGAGAAACUUUUAUUUUAUUUUUUUCUAUUAAAUUUGGAUUCUAAAAUUAAAUAUUAUAUUAUUAUAAUUUCAUUUGCGUCACAUGUAUUCUUAUAAACAGAACUUAAUUAAAUUAUUAUACAUCAAA